UCAUCACCAGACAUGGAGUCCAGCUAUGGGGGAGGCUUGCUAGAUAUGGUGAAAGGAGGAGCAGGGAGACUCUUCAGCAAUUUGAAGGAUAACCUGAAGGAUACCCUGAAGGAUACAUCUUCAAAGGUCAUGCAAUCUGUUGCCAGUUACACCAAGGGGGAGCUAGAUAUUUCAUACAUUACCUCAAGAAUUAUAGUGAUGUCUUUUCCGGCCGAAGGUGUUGAGCUGGGGUUCAGGAACCACAUUGAAGAUGUACGGACAUUUUUGGACUCCAGGCAUCCUGACCACUACACAGUCUUCAACUUGUCACCCAAGUACUAUCGCAGUGCCAAGUUUCACAACCGGGUAUCCGAAUGUAGCUGGCCCGUCCGACAAGCGCCCAGUCUGCACAACCUCUACGCUGUCUGUAAGAACAUGCACAACUGGCUCCAGCAGAACCCCAAAAACGUCUGUGUCAUCCACUGCAUGGAUGGCCGUGCAGCCUCAGCCGUUCUGGUCAGUGCAAUGUUCUGCUUCUGUCACCUCUUCUCUAGCCCAGGCCCUGCUAUGCAGUUGCUGAACACAAAGAGACCUGGAAUUGUGCUGUGGCCAUCUCACAGGAGAUACAUAGGAUACAUCUGCGAUCUAAUAGCAGACAAACCUGUCAUCCCUCACUGCAAACCACUCACGAUUAAGUCAGUCACCCUCAGCCCAGUCCCCUGUUUCAACAAGCAACGAAAUGGGUGCCGGCCCUUCUGCGACAUCCUCAGCGGAGAAACCAGAAUUCUCACCACUGCCCAGGAGUAUGAAAGAAUGAAAGAAUACCGCGUGCAAGAAGGGAAAGUCCUGAUCCCACUGGGAGCCACUGUGCACGGAGAUGUUGUUGUUUCUGUCUACCACAUGAGAUCAACCAUUGGGGGACGCCUUCAAGCAAAAAUGACCAACACACAAAUAUUCCAAAUUCAAUUUCAUACUGGAUUCAUAGCCCUGGGAACAACCACACUGAAAUUCACCAAGCCUGAACUGGAUGCCUGUGACUCUCCAGACAAGUAUCCUCAGCUAUUUCAUGUUAUACUGGAGAUAGAAAUACAGUCUACCGAUAGACAAACCGAAUUAACUCCCCCAUGGGAGAACUUCACGACAAAAGACAUCAACCCAUCCAUUCUCUUCUCCUCUCACCAGGAGCAUCAGGACACUCUUGCUUUGGCAGGUAGAGGUCCCACUGAUUCACCCCAGGAUAACAUAAGAAAUGUUGGACAGAGUGCAUUCUUCUCAUCUCUCAGCUGGCAAGAUCAGAAAUCUGACAAAAGUAGCUCUCACCCCACUUCAGAGGAUCGAGCAGCAUUGGUGCAUGAGGAAAGCGAACAGUCAGAUGACGAACUCUUGUCCCUUUCCAGUCAGCACAGUAAUGCCAGUGGUGAAAAGCCUCACGGGACACCAAAACACAGCAAAAAGCAGCAAGAGCCUCCGGCACCACCUCCGCCCGAAGACGUGGACCUGCUGGGCCUGGAUGGUAGCCCUAUGAGCAAGAAUUUUCCCUCACAGCCCACUGCUGCCCCCUCUAACUCAGACUUGCUGAAUGAUCUGUUUGGGGUUGGUGGGUCCCAGAGCCAAAGUGGACAGCCUGCUGCUGAGGAGGUCUUCCAUGUGGGGGGGCCUGGAUCUGUGCAGUCAACCCCUCGGCGUUCCGCAGCUUCGGCAUCCCCAUCCCCGUCCCCAAGAGUAGGAGAAGCCACUGCCUUUGAUCCAUUUGGAAGUAGCCCUAAGCAAACUGGUCCAGACCUCCUGGGUUCCUUUCUUGGUUCAUCAGCUGUCCCUGGUGAUCCUUUCCUUCAGGCAACACGAAGUCCUUCACCAACUGUGCACACUUCUAGCACACCAACAGUUUCCAUACAACCAGAUGUUUCCGGUGGUUGGGACUGGCCCAACAAACCAGGUGGCCUAGGUGUGGGAAGCAAGUCAGCUGCCACAAGCCCUACAGGAUCCCUCCAUAGCACUCCCACUCAUCAGCCUAAACCUCAAACGCUGGAUCCAUUUGCUGAUCUGGGGACUCUUGGAGCAAGUGGCCCUUCAUUUGCCAGUAAACCCACCACGCCGACAGGCAUGGGGGGAGGAUUCCCCCCCUCGCCGCAGAAACCCUCUCCCCAGCCCAUGGGCGGCAGCGGUUGGCAGCAAGGGGCUGGCUAUGGCUGGCAGCAGGCGCAACCCAAAGGGCAGCCAAGCGUGCCCCACGCCUCUCCCCAAAACAAGCCCAAUUACAACGUGAGCUUCUCAGCGAUGCCAGGAGCACAAAACGAGCGUGCUAAAGGACCUGCCAACGUUGAUUCAAAACCAAAAGUGUCUGCAGAUUUCGAAGAUUUAUUAUCUGGUCAAGGUUUUAAUGCUCACAAGGACAAGAAGGGCCCCAAAACAAUAGCAGAGAUGAGAAAAGAAGAAAUGGCUAAGGAGAUGGACCCUGAAAAACUAAAAGUCCUGGAAUGGAUUGAAGGGAAGGAGAGAAAUAUAAGAGCCUUGCUGUCCACAAUGCAUACGGUCUUAUGGGCAGGGGAGACCAAGUGGAAACCUGUUAGCAUGGCGGAUCUUGUCACGCCAGAGCAAGUGAAGAAGGUCUACAGGCGGGCAGUGCUUGUUGUUCAUCCUGACAAGGCUACCGGGCAGCCAUAUGAACAAUAUGCAAAGAUGAUAUUUAUGGAGCUAAACGAUGCCUGGUCAGAAUUUGAAAACCAAGGACAAAAACCCUUGUAUUAGGUACUUUCUCCGUCUCCACUUCAGACCUGUGCUAGUGCUUAUAUAGUCUCUUGUCACAAAUGUCACAGAUCAACCAAACUCUGGCUGGAAAUGCAGAAGUUUCAGAAAAUGAAGAGCCUAAUACUUAUCAUGAAGAACAAGAGAAAGGUUUCCUUAUACUCGUAUCAAGAAUCCUGAGCUCAGAGGAACUCUAGCUGCCUGGCUUGCCAUGUGAAAGCCAUGGGGUUACAGUUUCUUGUAACUUUUGUAUUUUUGUUUGGAUUCAAGUGGGGCGAGAGAGAACACGUUCUGGGGAGAGGCGGAAUUGUUCUGUCUCUGACACAGUGUAACUGGUGAAUUUCUACCUUUUUUUUUUUUGUGAUGUGGCAACACUCCAGUUCAGUCCCUGGUGGUGAAGCCCAAACUUUGAUGUACUUUCUUCCUAGGUUUGGAUCCAACUUUAUCAAAUUUAAGUGCUCAGAUGUGGUUUAGGCACACUUUCUAACACUCACCAUUUGCUGCUUAAUUGCUGAUCUAGUAUAGUAUACCUGAAUAGAGACAAAGCUGAAUCCUGGGUUAGAUCAGCGUGGCAGCUGAUGGCUGCUUUGUGCAUUAAUACUGCACUUCACCUCACAGUCCAGCAGUGAAACGUGCAGAAGAAAUUCCUCAGCAUUACAGAGCAAGUGUCUUAAAGCAAGCAACAAGUAAUUGAUGUUAAACAGCGCCUUGCUGGUUUGUUAAACAGCAGUUCAGGGGGGAUAGGGGAUGAGGGGGAAGAAUGAAUCCACAUUUGUAAAAGUGAGGAAUUAGCAUCUACUGCAUUUCCCACAAAGUCCUCAUCAAUAGCUUGAAACCAUCAAACGAUAGAAAUAUCAACAAACCAAAACUCUGCUGCGAAGUUUUAGAAACUUCCCAGUCUAGAGGUAAUGCUACCCCUCCUGAGAAUACAGAAGACUCUUCCCAGCCCACUGGUAUCACCUCUAUGCCUUUAUCAGCUCCAGAGCACUUGGCAAAGGCUCUUGGCGGAACGCAACCUGUUGCAACUUCCCUUUUCAGACCAUGGUGUACGAGCUGUCAUGUAGACAUCUGUGGACCAGGUCUGACUUCUGAGGUAAAGACAGUGCAAAUUGAUUAUCUUAGUUUAUAUUGGACCAAAGCAAUAAUAUCACAAGGAAAUAUCUCUGAUGCUAAAGCUGAAGCAUCUUUCCUAGUUAAAAAGCAAGUUAGGCUCUUCACCCCAAAUUCUACUCCUUUUGUAGAAUAACUAAAGCUAACAGUUUAUUUACCAACAUGUUGUAUCUGUAUUUGAGCUUUGAAAGGGCAGGUAUAUUCAGAAGACGGGCAGGAAAUAGUUUGUAUUUACUGCUUAAGGAACAGGUUGCUAUCUGAUGCGAGUCUUUAAAGCUGGUGGUUUUUAAAGACAAUCCACUUGCUGUUACACUUACAUUUUCAAGUGGCAAAACUCUUACUGCAAAGACAGUGUGUCAAAGUACAUUGCUUUCUGUAUAAAAGUCAUCCUUUUGUUGUAUUGGUCCAUUAUUUACUACCAUUAAUUGAAAAUGUGAAACCAACACAUAGGUCUCCUUUUCCAUAAAAGACCUUAAGAUAAUAGUAACAAACUGGAUGUUAUUUAUUAAUGUUUUGAUCCAGUAUGUGCUUGUCUUAUUUAAAGAGAUAACUGGAAUGUGAAUCAUGUUCCUGUGAGUUGUUGGUUUAUUGUUUCUCAUUCAUAUUUGUAGAUAUUGUGACCCAUGCCUAUAUAAUAAAAAGGAUCUCAUUACUAUAAUGUACUUUUUUAAUAACAAAAACUACAUUAUCUUUGUAUCGAGUUUGUCAUGGCACAUAACUCUGGUUACUCAUCUGUUCACAAAAUACAAAUCCAUCAUUAAACUUUAUCUACCAAAAGAAACCCUACCCCACUUAAGCUUUGAUUACUUCUAUCCCUAAUGUUUUUAUGGAUGCAUGAAAGUAUUAGGACGUAUGUAUAUCAAAAUAGUUAACUAAAGAAAAAAAACCCACAACUUUCUUGUCAUAUCUGGUAGUGACAGAGGUUAUCAAUGUUCAGGUUUACUGUUUGACUAAAUUAUUGUAAUUUUUGUAAAUACAGUAUAUACUCAAUGAAAUUGUGACUCGUCUAAAACAUUUGUAUAUACAUUAAAAAGCUCAAAUUAACA